GCCUGGGACCGUGGGAGAGUCACACUGUGCGGCCAACACAGUAGUCAGUACGACUACUAUUUGGCCUCUCUGAUACUAUUCAGCCAUUCGAUCCCUCCUACUCCUCCGCAGGAUCUUUCUCCCCUCCUCUUCUCGUCUGCUGCGUCGCUGCUACUAGAUCGAGGAGGAGGAGGAGGAGAUGGCGAGUGCUGGAGGUGGAGCGGCAGGGGAAGGGGAGUGGCUCAAGGUCGCCGAGCUGAGGGCCAUGGUGGAGGCGCAGGACCCGCAGGCCAAGCAGGAGGUGGACAACCUGACGCUGCGGAGGUUCCUGCGCGCGCGCGACCACAACGUGGACAAGGCCUCCACCAUGUUCCUCAGGUUCCUCAGGUGGAGGAAGGAAGCGGUGCCCGACGGCUUCGUGCCGGAGGAGCGGGUGCGGGGUGAGCUCUCGCAGGACAAGGUGUUCAUGGGCGGCGUCGACAGGACCGGCCGCCCCAUCCUCGUCGGCUUCCUGGCCAGGCAUUUCUCCGCCAACCGCGACAUGGCCGAGUUCAAGAAUUUUGUUGUCUACUUCUUCGACAAGAUCUGUGCCAGGAUCCCCAGAGGGCAGGAGAAGUUCCUCUGCAUCGUGGAUCUUAAGGGCUGGGGGUACUCCAACUGCGAUGUCCGAGCCUACAUUGCAGCUAUAGAGAUCAUGCAGAACUACUACCCGGAGCGGCUCGGCAAGGCGCUGAUGAUCCAUGUGCCCUACAUCUUCAUGAAGGCGUGGAAGAUGGUCUACCCGUUCAUCGACAACAACACCAGGGACAAGUUCGUUUUCGUGGACGACAAGAGCCUGCAGGAGACUCUGCACCGGGAGAUCGACGAAAGCCAGCUCCCGGAGUUUCUUGGCGGAGAAAUGCCUUUAAUUCCUCUCAAGGACUAUGCGCAGCAGUCUCAGUCUAUUUAACCAUACACGUUGGUAGUCUUGAUUAGGGGUUAGGAGCACAGGAUGAUCCUUGAUUAAUAGAGAGUUGGAGAUCUCCAUUGCAUAACUAAAUGGCAUUGUCCGGGGUCAGUGAUCAGUUCAGCCGCAAGUGAGCUAUCUAGUCUGUGCCAAACUCUGGGCUACAUGAAACUACGAUCAACAAAGGAUCGGCACCAUUAUCCCUUA